AUGGAAGCCACGGAGAAGCAGCAUCUGUUGGACGGCAGGCCCGAAGCCCGGUCAUACACGGGAUCUGUAUGGCAGGAUGCGGCUGGCUGGAUCCCUUUGCCAUCACCUGGCCUAGACUUGCCAGCCAUUGAGCUUGCUGCCCAAAGCAGCCAUUACUGCCAUGCCCAGAGGGAUCCUGGUAGCCACUGUGACCCCAAGAAGCAGCGCGCCCGGCGCCAGCUCUAUGCAGCUUCUGCCGUUUGCCUGUUGUUCAUGAUCGGGGAAGUUGUUGGUGGGUACCUGGCACAUAGUCUGGCUAUCAUGACCGAUGCAGCUCACCUCCUUACCGACUUUGCCAGCAUGCUCAUCAGCCUCUUCUCCCUCUGGAUGUCCUCCCGGCCAGCCACUAAAACCAUGAACUUCGGCUGGCAGCGAGCUGAGAUCCUGGGAGCCCUGUUGUCUGUGUUAUCCAUCUGGGUCGUGACUGGGGUGCUGGUGUACUUGGCAGUGGAGCGGCUAAUGUCUGGGGACUAUGAGAUUGAAGGGGGAACUAUGCUGAUCACAUCGGGCUGCGCUGUGGCUGUGAACAUCAUAAUGGGGCUGCUGCUUCAUCAAUCCGGCCAUGGGCACAGCCAUGACACCAGCGAACAGCAGGAGAAUCCUAGCGUUCGAGCUGCUUUUGUCCAUGUGACUGGGGACUUGCUGCAGAGUUUGGGCGUCCUGGUGGCAGCCUAUAUUUUAUACUUCAAGCCAGAGUACAAGUAUGUGGACCCUAUCUGCACCUUCCUCUUCUCCUUCCUGGUCCUGGGGACAACAUUGACCAUCCUGAGAGAUGUGGUCCUGGUGCUGAUGGAAGGGACCCCCAAGGGCAUUGACUUCACCGCUGUACGAGAUCUGCUGCUGUCAGUAGAGGGGGUGGAAGCCCUGCACAGCCUGCACAUCUGGGCUCUGACCGUGACCCAGCCUGUGCUGUCUGUCCACAUUGCCAUUGCUCAGAAUGCAGAUGCCCAGGCUGUGCUGAAGGCGGCCAGCACCCAGCUCCAGGGGAAGUUCCACUUCCACACAAUGACCAUCCAGAUUGAAAACUACUCUGAGGACAUGAAGGAAUGUCAGAAGUGCCAAGGCCCCUCAGACUGACUGCCUGGCCGGGCACCAAUUGGGGCAUGGACAGCAUCUGCAGGUGGCAGGACUAAGUAUCGUCAAGGCUCAGCCAGGAUACUGCAACUCUGGCUGCUUUAUAAACCAGGUCCCCUCCUGGCCUC